AUGACCCACAGCUUCUUCGCAUGCGCCGGCGGCUUCGCCUUUGAGCUUGAGUCGACGCGCCAAACAAUACACGACCUACCUUCGGGAGAGAAGCAGAGAUGUCCCAGGGUGACAAUCACAGCGAGAGGAAUGGCACUCUUGGCAAGGUGCGGCUAUCUUCCAGACGUGGAAGAGGAUCAAAUCGAAGACAAGAGCAAGGCCAACGACCUUGCAAAAGCCACAGUUGUCGUUCAAGCAACGUGGAUGCUUUUACAGGUCAUUAGUAGGCUGGCGUUUCGGCUUCCAGUUACCUUGUUGGAAGUUAAUACGGUGGCGCACGUGUUGUGUGCCUUCGCAAUGUACUUAUUCUGGUGGCACAAACUGUUGUUACCCAACGCACCUGUCAUCCUCCGAGAUGAAGCCCUGGCGCCACUGGCCAUGUUCAUGUACUCCAGCAGCGAGAUGAGCGGAUAUGUGAACCCCUCGCGUGUACAGUCACAGACGAUUGUGAAGACAUUCUUCGCCUACCUCAGCCUUUACUACAAAACACCGGAACUGGAGACCUUGUGUCUUAGGGAGAAACAGCCUGACCUGUCAAUACGACAAGGACAUGAUUCGACCGUCGACUUGUUAUCACUGAAAGGGAGCGUUUCAGGGACCGCGGGUAUAUCAAAUCUUGCGUCGACGGGCUUCGCAUUUAAGCAUAUCGGAGAGGAAUGUAACGCUGAGCUGCGAGCCACACGGCAGAAAGAAAAGGGAACAGCGUUCUUUGAGCGCCGCCCUCAGGUUCAUGAUAAAAGGCCCGUGACUGAAACCUUCAAGGAGAUAGACGGAAGAAGAUGGGAACUGAUGCAGACAGCGCUCGCUUCAAACCCGAACCUGUUCGAGGACAGUAUCCUCUUGUCUCACCAGGUUGAGAGUGCUACUUGCAUCCAUCUGCGCCCCGAGCAGCUGGUGGCCGACCACAUCCAGAACUGGCCGUCAAACGAUUUGCUCCGCAGUGUGGGCGGGCUGAUCGUGGGAAUGGUACUAUGGCUUGCAAACUUCUGUUACGGCGCCAUCCACGCGGCGGCAUGGAACGAUUCCUUCCCAUCCACUGCGGAGAAGUGGAUUUGGCGCGCCUCAGCGUCGUAUAUUGGGUUCUGCGGCGGUCUUUGGGUUGUGCUGAACUUCAUAGUGGGAAGAUAUCCGCGACUGAACAGCUUUUGGGAACGUUGGAUGGAUGGGGAAAAGUCAUGGUGGCAAAGUGUCAGCCUUGGAGUCAUAGUGUUCCUCUGUGGCUUCAGCUUGAUGUUGGCUCGCGUUUUCAUUGUGUUGGAGGCAUUCAUCAGUAUCAGGGAAUUGCCUGAGGGGGCCUACCAGACUCCCCAGUGGACGAAUGUGUUCCCUCAUUUCUAG